CUUCAAUGUUUGCAGUAAGAUAACAUAUAAAGAAAAGGAGUUUAUAUUGGAUUCUUCUGUUUCGGCGCCGUUUCUAUAAAGCGGUGAAGAACUGUGUGGGUGUCAGAAGUGUUAAUAAUCAAGAAAGAAUUAAGACGAUGUUUAAAACGCAGAACUGAAGCUCGUAUAUGUGUGUAUUUUAAUGGCACCUGUUAUGCGGACGGCGAGCGUUUUACAAUAUGGAUGAAGUCAAUUUGUAAUAAAACUAGAAGUAUUUUAAAGCGAUUGAACUAAAAUGGCGGCCGAUGUUGGCGCUUGGCUCCCGUUUGCAAGAGCGGCUGCCAUCGGAUGGGCGCCUCUCGCUCAAACACCGAUGCCGCCGGCCCCCGAAUCACAACGGGACGACGAUAAAAUUAUUAUUAACGUCUCGGGAAGAAAAUUUGAAACGUGGAGGAAUACGUUGGAACGCUAUCCUGAUACCCUGUUAGGCAGUGCGGAGAGGGAGUACUUUCACGAGGCCGAAACGAGAGAGUAUUUCUUUGACAGAGAUCCGGAUCUAUUUCGCCAUGUUCUAAACUACUAUCGUAAUGGUAAACUCCACUACCCGCGAGGAGAGUGCGUCUCCUCUUUCGAAGAUGAACUUAUAUUUUUUGGCAUUUCCGAAGACCACGUACACGAUUGCUGUUGGGAGGAUUUCAGCGAGAGAAAACGGGAAUGCAUCGAUCGAGUUUUCGAAGACAAAACCGACGAAGAAGAAGAGUUGGACACUUCAGGUCUAAACGCACGCGAACGCCUUUGGGUUGCUUUUCAAAACCCCGAGAGCUCCAAAAUAGCUGCGUUUAUGUACUAUGUAACGGGAUUUUUUAUUGCACUUAGCGUGCUGAGUACUAUAGUCGAGACAUUGCCCUGUAAAGAUGGGAAGAACUGCGGAACGGCGUAUAAGAAAGUGUUCUUCGGUAUGGAAUCUGCGUGUGUCAUCGUGUUUACAGUCGAGUAUAUAGCGAGACUCUACGCGGCACCAGAAAGAUUUAAAUUUGCAAGAGACUUGUUAAGUAUUAUUGAUGUCGUAGCAAUAUUACCCUACUAUGUUGGGCUAUUCAUGCCGGGAAAUUCCAUCAGCGGUGCGUUCGUUACGCUAAGAGUAUUCCGGAUUUUUAGGAUUUUUAAAUUCUCACGGCAUUCCAAAGGCUUGCGGAUUCUGGGAUGCACGUUAAAAAGUUGCGCCUCGGAACUUGGAUUCUUGUUAUUUUCGCUGUCCAUGGCUGUCAUCAUUUUUGCCACAAUCGUCUACUACGUCGAGAAGGGCGAAAAAGACACAAAGUUUACAAGUAUUCCUGCAAGCUUCUGGUACACAAUUGUCACGAUGACAACUUUAGGGUAAGUAGUAUAGCGAUGUUUUAUGCGCGUUUGUGUGUAAAAUAUGGCACAUUCUUGUUCGUUUAUGCGCGCGUUUGUACAGUGUGUACGUUUAUCAUCGAUAAACACUUUACAUAAACAUAACAUACAACUCAGAAAAAAUAGUAACUAGCAUGUUGACUCGCUUGCAAACUUCAAAUAUUUUUAUUUACAUAUGGAGUCUUCGUUUCAACUUAAAAUGGGGCGAAGAUUUUAAAUAAUAUGGGUCAAGAAUUUGGCAAAAAGCUAUGAAGUUAUUAUAUACUAUACAUGCUAAAAAAUUGGCAAGGUUUUUAUAAUCAUUUCAAUUAAUAUUUCUUCGACUCAAUUUACAUGAUAUAUGUACAUUGAGUCGUAUAUAUGUACAUUGUGAAUAAAUGUACUACUUUUCAUUUUUUAAUUUCAAAACUCAACGUUCGAAAUUGGAUUACUUGUAGGGUUUAAAAAUUACCAGUGUCUAACCUGUUUUAUAUUUGCUUAGCCUACGCAUAAAAUUGCUUCAAAAAUAUAACAAAGCUUUUUUGAUUUAUGCUUCUCAAAAUUUAGCACAAAUAGGAUGUGUAAAAGAUUUUAAUACUAUCAGUCACAGUACAGUUUUAAUCCCAUUAUUUUGCUCGCAUUUGCAAUGUUUUGGUUAAGCAGGCUUUGAAUUCAAUAUAGAACAAUAACCUUAAGCACUGCAGGAGUUAAUGAAAUCCUUAAUAAGCCAAGUCCAACUGCCCAAAUAUUCAUUGGAAAUUUAAUCAGACGGCGACGCAUUAGGUAACGUGUCUGUCUGCUACGUUAAUAUAGGAAUGAGUCACUCGCUUUUGUUAGCAAAACAAGAGAACGUUUAUCAAUGGUGUAUCAGAGGAUCCAAAAAUGCGGUCAUCAUAUCAAACAUUUUGACCGAGAUAAUGGCGCGCAUACCCAACAUUUACAGAUAACAUAUCCCAACAGCAGCCAAGCAUUAGCCCACUUGCGGUUUCCAGCUUAAAAUCAAAUAAGUUCAAAAGAAUCAAAUGUUGAGGCUACAUUAUGAAGCUGCUUUUGAAAAAAAGCCGCAAAUGUGAUAAUUGAAACAAUGUCGAAGGAAAAUUCGAGCAAGAACGCGUUUCGGUUGGGGUUAAUUGGUUCGAAACCCAAAUUAGAACUCCAAACAGAAACAUUAGAAUAUGAGGCUAACUUUGAAGUCUUUUUGCAGCAAAUAUAAAGGCUUUUAAUGAGAAAAAAAACCAAAUUAUAACUUGGUUUGAGUGUAAGGGUCUACGAUUCCACGGCUAAGUUUUAUAAAUUGGGAUGAGAAAACUUUAGUUUUCUGAUCAUAAAGUUUGUUCGUUUACAUUUCUCAUUCAAAAGUUGCGACAGGUGUCCGAUAUAAAUAAAUCAUUGAAAGUUGAGCAUCAUUACGAAGCCGCGGUUCUUGCAUUGACCAAUGAACGUAGAGGAAAGGCGUUUUGGGGAACAUAAACAUAUUAAACAUUAAUCUCAAGGGUAAAUUUAUGCUAACUUGUCUACGGAAUGAUAUAGAGGCUGGAAGAAUAACUGAUAAUGCCAAGAUAGGGCGAUUUCGUUUAAAAAAUAGCAUUGGUUUGCUACACAGUUUGUUUAAAAAACCGCAGUUGGAGUUUCGUGUCGAAAAAGAAGUGCUGAUCUAAAAUUCAAGCAACCAAAUAUUAUCCAAAUAUUUUGGCAGGUUGAUUAGGUCGAAUUUAAAAUAUUACCUCACAGGCGCCUCUUUUCCAUUCUGUUAUCAUUAGACAUUAUUCUUGCAUGAAUGAAUUACUUGAAAACAUGAACACAAUUAUCUGUCCAUUUGUUAAAAUCUAAUGUCUAGAGCAUUUCUUAAUAGUACUUCAUGGGAGAUAUAGCUAGAGUGAGUCAUAGCUGUGUUAUAGAAGAUAUGUUCCAGAUAAAUUUUAAAAAAAAUCGACACAUCGUGUUUGUAUAGCAAUUUGCUAUCGGUAAAAGCUGAAUUGCUGUGUAUUAUAAUCUGAAGAAACCUAACAAAGCACGCGUUUUUUCUGUCUAAUUUGCGGUUUGUGAGGAAAAUAUUUUAAAACCUUUAGUUUACAGAUCAUCGCUGGUCUACAAAGCAAAGCAAACGAAGAUUUUUUUUUUCAAUUUCGUCUGUUAGGAGUCGAAAUGUGAAAAUGUGUUCCAUGUAUAAUUUAGUGGCUGUUUAGUUAUUUACUGCAUGUAUAUAGUUUGAAAAGUUCGUGUUUUAAAUUACUGAUUAAUAACUAGAAAGCUUUUUGAUUUCAAAUACAGGAAAUAUUAGGGAGGAAAAUUGCUUUUAAGCAAACUGUUAUUUCAGGAGCCAGCAUAAAAGAUUUUUUAAUACUUAGCACUUUAAUUAUCAAUUAUUGUCUGAAAAUAGUUCCAUUAGAAACAUUAGCUAUGCAAAGCUUAAAGAUACAUGGUGAUAUGUGUUUUAAAGACUCAGCUUGCUACUUGUACGAAAUUUGUACAUUUGCAAUUGCAAAUUUGUACAUUGUCAAUUGAAAAUUUGCACGUUUUCAAUUUAGCACUUAAUUAAACAUGAGUAAAACCAUUUUUGGUGAAUAUUAAAACCGUAUAAAAUUUAAGCAGGACGUUCUAUAAAGCUAGGCUUUUCGAUGACGUCUAUUAAAAAUUGUGACUUAAAGUUGCACCUUAAAAUGAGCUCAUAACGAACCGCUUCUCAGACUGUGAAAUAACGAAAUCCGUUUUCUUUCAUUAUAAACACAUUUGUGCUGUGGUUCAUGUAUUGUCCUGCCUUUUAACACCAAAAAACAAUUACAAAAACUUAUCCUUUGUUUGAAUCGAAUGCAACAAAAAUCAUUUCAACGUAAAACUAACAGCACAUAUUGCCAAAAUUAUGCUGUUAUUAGCCUCUUAAUAACGGUCAAACUGGCUCGGCUGGGUGCCAUCACACUUUGUCAAUUUUUGGUUAGUUUUGUCGAUGUUUAUAUUAAUAUCUCUAUAUAUAACGUGGUCUGUUAAUGAGUGCAAACAAAACACUAGGCUACAGACACAACACGCUGGGAAAUUAUUGACUAUAAUUUUCGCCAACGUAUAAUUUAUAUAAUUAACUUUAAAAGGAGAAUGUUAAACCCUUGUACGUAAGGAUAGAAAAGGGGACGCGAAAUUAAAAUAAUUCAUAUAAAACAGCUUGAAUAUAUGUUGAGUGCUUGAAGUUCUAAUUGGGCUUCGAACCACAAUUACCCUAAAAUUGCUGAGCAUCAGCCUCUAUUUUUUCUAUUAAAAAAGGAAUGACAUUUUCGUUCAUCAUUGUUUCCAUCCAAUUAAAACGCGCAGAGAAACGUUCGAAAGCAGAUGGUGAUAAGUUCGUCGUGUGAAAUAGGCCUUACGUAAGCCUUCGAUCCAUUUGCUAAAUAUUUUCAUCUUUUGUAUUCUAGGUAUGGUGAUAUGGUGCCAGAAACAGUUUUUGGUAAAAUUGUUGGUAGUUUAUGUUCACUCAGUGGUGUGCUCGUUAUUGCGCUACCGGUCCCUGUCAUUGUUUCCAACUUUAGUCGAAUUUAUCUUCAGACUCAGCGAGCAGACAAGAGGAAGGCACAUAAGGUAUGGUGGUGAUAAUGGUGGUUAUGAUGACGGUAGUAGUGGUAAGGGUGAUGGUGGUAUUGACAGUAGUGUUAGUCAUGGUGGUAGUGGUGAUGAUAAUGAUGGUGAUGAUGAUGAUGGUAAUGGUGGUGAUUGGUAAUGAUAGAGGUGAUGAUGAUGAGGAUAGUGAUGAGGGUGGUGGUGAUGAUAAUGAUGGUGGUGAUGAUAAUGAUGGUGGUGAUGAUAAUGAUGGUGGUGAUGAUGAUGGUGGUGAUGGUAAUAAUGAUGAUAAUAAUGAUGGUGGUGAUGAUAAUGAUGGUGGUGAUGAUAAUGAAGGUGGUGAUGGUAAUGAUGAUGAUGUAAUAAUGAUAAUGAUGGUGGUGAUGGUAAUAAUGAUGAUAAUGAUGGUGGUGAUGAUUAUGAGGAUAGUGAUGAGGGUGGUGAUGGUAUAGCAGUGUAUUACAGUGAUGAUAGAUAUUGGUGUCAACUAGUUGUAUCCUUCAGAGGCUAAUAAUUGAACAUUUUCCUUCAAUAUAGAAAGCGAAGAUUUCAAUAUCAAAGACAAUGACUGGAACAGCAUUUGUAACUCCUGGUGAUGUGACGUCCAUCGCUAUGGUGAGUAAAAAUAUGAAAGGCUACCUUUGUCUAUGACUAUACAAAUCAAUGAAGAAUCUGUCCCCUUGCCUUCUAUCCGCGUUCUGUAGACCCUAAAACGUUGGAAAUAAUUUUCCAAAGGUGCUUUACAUAUUGCGUACUGUAUUCUGAUGUUGCAUUUGAUUCCAACAGGGUGCUGGUUUGGAACUUCAACAAGUCACCUCCAGGGAUAGAGAGAAAUCAAUGUUGGAUAGACAACAUGAACAUCUAAUACGAUGCCUGGAGAAGGCCACGGUAAGCAAACAUAAGAAAAACGAAAAUAAAUACUGGAUAGUUAGUCCGCCAGAUAAUCCAAUUACGACCAUCUUAAAUUGGCCAUUAUUACCGCAGGAUAAAACCUCGUGGUAUCUGAAAGAGUGAUACAGGAGCCCGGCUCACAUGUGACUGGGGAGAAAUAUAAUAAGACAACUACAUAUUGAAGAAUCACUCUGCCAGCAAUACUCCCAAAGUAUCUAGAGCAUUUAUCUACAUCUAUAUACAUCCUUAAUUUGUUACAUCCUUAAUUUGUUACAUCUUUAUUUUCAGUCCCGAUAUUUCACAGAGAUGGAAUACACUUACAAUGGGGAACCUUUAGGACAAGAAGUUAGAAGUUCCUCAUCAUUUUGCACUCCUCCCGGAUCACCUCUAGUGUCCACAUUAUCCCUAGCUAGCCCUGACGUGCAUGCAAACGAUUGCAAAAAGACUGGGACCAAGCGACGGAUCAAAUCUGAGCCGAUUCGAAAGCCAGCGGAUGACAUAGACAAAAAUGACGUCAAAGGCAAUCACGUGAAAAAACGUCAUAGCCGAGAAGACGGCGACGAAGCGGAGACCUCGGUACUAAUAGUACCCACAUACGAGGAACCGGAAAUGAUUGCGAAUCACGUGGGUGAACCACCAGGCGAACACGUGAACAGACAUCGUAGUCCGUCACGUGAGUCUACUGUAUGAUCACGUCGCAUAAAAAUGAAGAUUGAAAUUCAUUAUUUUUUGAAGUGAAAAAUCGUUUGAAGUUCAAUUCAAGAUAUAUUUCAUAAUGGUAGAGGUAUAGUGGGUGGUGAUUCAAAGUACUAGAUAUAUUUUUAAGUCAUAGAAAAUGAAAGGUCAGAAAGAGCCACAAAUAACCAAGAAAUUCGACAGCAAUUCAUGUGAGAGUCAGUCUGCAUGAAAAUGAUCAACAACUGGAAGAAUACAAGAUGAAGAGAGAUAUCUGCCGAGAUGAUACGAGAAUUAUCCGUCGAAAUGAGAAACACGCCUUAAUUAAUUAACAACCCAGAAAAUCACCAUGACACCAUACAACAUGCCAAACGUGUAUUAAAAUGAUUCUACGCAUCUAUGUCACAGAUUUCGACAUACACACGGCGUUACACUCUCCAGGCGCGAGUUCUCUUAAUUGAAAGGAUUCGGAAUUGAAUAGAAAUAUAUUUUCAAAACGAGAAGAUUAAAAUACGAAUGAUUGUUAUAUCUUCGAAUACUAGAAACACGAAGACCAGAUUUCUAUAGAUGAAGGACUAAUCAUCGUUUCAUAAAUGUCGUACGAAGUGCGGCGCAUUAACUAAUUAUAAUAAUGGGCGCUGUGCGCAAAACAAUUUAGAAUUUUUAUUCACUAUAUAAUAGUUAAACUAAUGUGAUCUGAUUAUACCAAAAUAGAAAUUUAUGUGCACAAUUUGAGACAGCCAGGAGCCGGUUGUUUAAAAAAGUUGUCUAAUAUUAACCAUAUAUGGUUGGUUGAGAAUACGCCCAUCAGAAUUAUUAAUUUCAGAAUCAACUAAAUACGAAUUUAGUUAGCAAAAAACCCCCCAACAGCUUUAGUACGAGUUCAAUGCAACCGGCUCCAAGAGAAUAUAAUGCAAAAUAUUUGACUUCACUAAUAUUAACAUGAAUUGCUAUUUAUGAAAGCAAUUAUUAUACUAAUAUAAGUAAACACAACUGAAUCUAUUUUCUAUCUUAUUUGUAUUUGCGU